AUGGACUCGACACGAUCAACCUCGCCCAAACGACGACGCGAAGACGAAGACGGAUACGACGACGGACGGCCGCGCAAACGCUCCGCUUCCCGCGAACCGCCCAAUGCCUCACCGAGCUAUAGGAUAGCGGAAAGACCCGCGCGCCGCUACAGCAGAGGAGACAGCGAAGACGAACAGCGGGAAUUCAGAGACAGACGGCCUUCAUACUCUCCCUCGCCAUCGCGAUCACGUCGCUCAAGCUCGUCGUCCUCGUCGCCCCGACAUCGCACAUCCCCGCCCUCUAAACCGACCUCUCUACACUAUGCGCCUACGCUCAUCCUGCGCGGCCACAAGAAAGCCAUAUCGUGCGUCAAAUUCUCCCCAGACGGCCGCUACAUCGCCUCCGCAUCCGCCGACUGCACCAUCAAGAUCUGGGACGCCAAAACAGGAGCACUCGAACACACCCUCGAAGGCCACCUCGCUGGUAUCAGCACAAUAUGCUGGUCUCUAGAUUCCAAGAUCCUAGCCAGCGGCUCAGACGAUAAGAGCAUACGGCUAUGGGACACAGCAACUGGACUGGCGCACCCAACUCCUUUCAUCGGCCACCACAACUACAUCUACAGCAUAGCCUUCAGUCCGAAAGGUAACAUGCUCGUCUCCGGCUCGUACGACGAAGCAGUCUAUCUCUGGGACGUACGCGCCGCCCGAGUAAUGCGUUCUCUCCCUGCACACUCCGACCCCGUCGGCGGCGUAGAUUUCGUCCGUGACGGCACUCUGAUCGUCUCCUGUUCUCACGACGGCCUGAUCCGCGUGUGGGACACAGCAACAGGUCAAUGCUUGCGCACCCUCGUCCACGAAGACAAUGCCCCCGUCUCCUCCGUAAUCUUUUCUCCAAACGGGAAGUACAUUCUAGCCUGGACCCUAGACUCAUGCAUCCGCCUCUGGAACUACAUUGAAGGAAAGGGAAAAUGCGUCAAAACCUAUCAAGGCCAUGUCAACAAACAAUACUCGCUGUCCGGAGCGUUUGGGACAUACGGCGAGAAGGAGGAUGGUGGGCAGCAACAUGCGUUUGUUGCGUCGGGAGAUGAGGAAGGGCAGGUUGUUUUGUGGGAUGUUAGCAGUAAGAAUGUGCUGCAGAGGCUAGACGGGCAUACUGAUGCUGUGCUUUCCGUGCAUACGCAUCCGAGUGAGGAACUGAUUGUUAGCGCGGGCUUGGAUCGGACGAUUAGGCUUUGGAGACCGAAUGAGGGGAAGCGAGUCAACGGAGGACACGAGGAGGACGUGAACGGCAUCAAGGAAGAGGAGAAGAACGGCUUUGAUCCUGAUACCCUCCCGCCUAAUCCUUUUGCUGAGGGUUAG